AUGCACAGAAUAAACUGUUUCAGGGAGUAUGUGGAGCUCUUUCCUUCAGGCAGAAUUGCCAUUGCCAUGAAGGAACAGCAGUAUGUUGGGAAAGUGUCCCAGCAGACAGCCACCAUGCAGCAGGGUUCUGCUCAGAGAUCUCCAUCACAGCCUUCUCCUCUCAAACACUGCUCUACUGCUUCCCUGUCCUCUCUCUUGGUCAAGAAGAUGCCAAGCGAGCAAAACCUGACAAAGAUGGUGAAAAGGCUGGUGUCUCCCUGUAACGUCAAACCAUCUUUGACGCAGUCACAUACCCAGCCCUCAUCCACUGUCAGUCACCCUCCUGCAUCCACUCUUCCAGCCCCAGGACCCUCCCCUGCCUUUGUGAAGGAAGCUCCAUCCACGUCUGCAGUCCCAGGACCCUCCUCUGCCUUUGUGAAGGAAGCUCCAUCCACGUCUGCAGUCCCAGGACCCUCCUCUGCCCCCGCCCAUGUGGCUCCAGGUGUGGAGAGCACCAAAAGGGACUCAAGAUACACUGUGGUGGUACGCGCUUACAAAAACAUCAGGGAGUGCGUCAUCACAAAUGCCAGGCUGAUGAGUGAGACCACAAUCCAGCUGCCUGAAGUAAACGCUGCUACAGUUUCACAGCGGUACUGCAGGCAGUGCAAGGCACAGGAGCGAGACAUUCUUAAACAGGGUAUUCCAGCUCAACAAGCACCAAUGGCAGCCCCGGCAAAACUUCCGGCUGCCCUGCAGAAAGGACAAACUGUUGCUUUUGGCACUUUGGCUCAGCCUCACCUUUUUGUUCUGCCACCGAACACUGCUGGGCAGGCCCAGCUGAAAGGGAGGCCACAACAUCAGGCACCUCCACAGCAAUUUGUGCCUGGUCCGCCUGCUCCUCUGCCCAUUAUGGUACCCCGGCUUCCAGCAAUGCCUAAACCGUCAAAUAUUGCAAACACACCGAUUUAUAUAUCCAUACCACCAUCAUCUCCCACACAGUCAACACCGCAAGCUGUUCCUUACACCACUCAGCAGUACAGAUGCAGAAAAAUGGAGGCAGAGCAGGCAGGCAUUGCAAAACGAAAAUACUCAAAAAAGACAGACAUAAUAGUUUGCAGCAAGUGCCAAAAGGACAGGAAGCCACCGACACAUCGGCAGUAUUUCGAUAACUGGUACUGUGAAGAGACUGAGACUCAGUCCUAUGAGGAGUGGAGGGCUUUACUGCAGAAACGCGAGUAUGGCAAAAGAAGAAAAAAAAAUAAAGCAGAAAAUGAGGAACACUUAGUACUGCAGUUUCAGUACACAGUACGCUGCAAAUCUGCUUUUUGUUUAGUUAAUUUGCAGUGCAGUUUAAUUUAAUUUAUUAUUGUCAUGUG